CGGGAGGGCGCAUGAUGCCCGGGGUGGCGGAGGGCGUAGCGUCGGAGGUGAGCGGGGAGGCUCGGUGACAGCGAGGGCGACGCGGAGCUGCGGUCCGCGGGGACGGCGUGGCUUCGUCCUCCCUCCCCGCUCCGGGAAAGAUCACGACGAUUGUCUUGGGAGAGCAGGCUCUGACGGGAGCGACAAUGCUCAGGAUGCCCAGCUGCUUGCUAAAACUGACCAGGGUGGUACUGAGCCACAAGCUUAGGGCUCUAUUUAUCCUCGCCUUUAAGUUCAUGUCUUUUGUCUCCAUCAUGUUAUACUGGAGAAUCACGGAGGACCCUAAUGGCAGGGGCCAGAUCUACAGGUUGCCUGUUGAAAUCCACUGUGCUCAUUCUGUGCCUUCUCCUCCCAAUGCCAUUGCUGGUGGGCCCCCUCCUUCUCCAGGGGAUGUGUUUUUUGUGGAGACCUCGGAGCGAACUAAGCCAAGUUACCUGUUCACAUGCUCUGUGGAGUCAGCGGCUCGGACACACCCUGAAACAAGGGUUGUGGUGCUUAUGAAAGGCUUAGCAAAUGGUAACGCCUCCUUACCCAACCACUGGGGCUUCUCCUUGCUGAGCUGCUUCCCCAAUGUGGAAUUCCAGCCCCUGGACUUGCCAGAGCUUUUCUCUGGAACACCUCUGGCAAAGUGGUAUUUGCAGGCACAGCAGCGCUGGGAACCUUAUUUCAUACCCAUCCUGUCUGAUGCCUGCAGAAUUGCAAUCAUGUGGAAAUUUGGUGGCAUCUACUUGGACACGGACUUCAUUGUGCUUAAGAACUUGAAGAAUCUCACCAAUGUACUUGGUACCCAGUCCAAGUAUGUACUGAAUGGGGCAUUUCUGUCCUUUAAACCCAAACAUAAGUUUAUAGAGCUUUGUAUGCAGGACUUUGUGGAGAACUACAACAGCUGGAUCUGGGGGCACCAGGGCCCACAACUUCUAACACGUGUUUUCAAGAAAUGGUGCUCCAUCAGGAGUCUUCAGAGCAGUACAAGCUGCAGAGGAGUGAGUGCUCUGCCCCGUGAGGCUUUUUAUCCCAUUCGAUGGCAGGACUGGAAGAAAUACUUUGAAGUGAUCAACUCCUCAGAGCUUCACCACCUCUUUAAUAACACCUACGCAGUGCAUGUAUGGAACAAGAAGAGCCAAGGAACAAGGAAAAAGAUCACAUCCCAGGCUUUGCUGGCUCAACUCCAUUCUCACUUCUGCCCUGCCACGUAUGACAUCAUAAAGAAGGACUUUGAAUGACAGUGACUCAUGGGUCAGUUAAGUUAUGUCGUCUGGGAGCCCACAACUCUCCAGCUGUUCCUUCACAAAUGAUCCUUCUUUGGAAGUGAGGUGAUGGGAGUUGAGGAUAAAAGCCAUUUGUGGGCUAUAGUUGGAUCCUGUAGCUUCAGCUGAUGUCUGUGCAGCUCUUUUUCUUGACUUUAACUGCCUACCAGCAACAUUUUGUUUCUUUGCAGGAACUUUCUUCUACUCUGUUUGGUCAGGUAGAGAAAUGUCAGGAGGAGAGCAAGAGCUGGGCCACUUGUGGCAGCCUCCAUCAGUCUUUUGUAGGAGUAAGGCCUCUUCCUAUGGCUGUAAACCUGGAAGAGGCCUUGGCAGAAAUGCAUACCUCACCACCUGAUUCUCAGAACUUCUGAAGUGCAGUCCUCAAAGCGAUGAAAGGAUGAGAGAGCAAAGAACAGGAACUCAGGAUGUGACAGAGGAGUCGCCCCAGAAAAAAAUUAGAAAAAAACAGAGAAGAAAGGGCUGAAUUCAUUCCCUUCUCUUCUCAAGCCUUUGGUGGAGAAGACUUUCUCAUGUCUGGUUUGAGCAGAGAGCCGUAUGUUGCAGUCUUUGUUCAGUGUUGUAGAUCUAAAGAUGUGGAAAUCUGCUGUGAUUUAGAACAUAAGGAUCUGAGACUAGCUCAUCAUUUAGGAGGAGCUCUUGCACAGUGAUGUUUUAUAUUAUAGUGGCAAAUUAAUAAACUGCAAUGAGCAGGAGAGUUCAUCUAAAUCACACCUUAAAUUGUAGGAAGAGCUGAAUUAUCUUUUACACUGAAUUUGUCUCUGUGACCAAACAUCCAUUGCACUGUAUCUUUCAGCCCUUGGAUGGAUCCUAAAGGAAAGACAUGAUAUUUCUAAGUAUUUCCAAGGUUGCAGAGAGCAUGGUAGGGAACCUGUACUGUCUAAACUUAAGUCUAUAAUAAGUCAUUUAUGGUGGACCUCUUCAAGUACUCUGCAAUACUCCUGCUAUUCACUGUCCAGGAGUAUAGAUCUCUCCUGGGAGGUCUUGAAGAGGGCAGUGGAAAGAUUUACUCCUCUCCUUGAGCAUCUUCCUGAAUUGCAGUGGAGAAAGUUAACAUAUCUUUCACAAGGUGCUGCUGUGCCUUUGAGGUUUCCCACCACAGCGGCAGUUUGGUGGACAAACUGGGAGAAAUCUUGUCCCUUGCCUUGAUGGCCAAAAGGAUGUGUUGAUAGUUUUUCUGUUCUUGUUGGAAAAUAAUGGACAAAGAGCAGUGAGAAAUGCAAAUAAGGUUGAGACCAUCAGCAUCAUUGCAUCUGGUCCCCACCAUACUCUAAAGGGGAUCGCUGAGGCACAUGAACUUGGCACUAUGAUAGGGUUAAUGCAGAUGAACAGAACUUUGGCCAUCCCCUCUCCAACACUACUAAGAGAUUAUGAUGUCACUAUGAAAAUCUUCUGCAUCAUCUUCUUACACCUAGGAACAGCAGUGAGGUGAUCUAGUGGCCCAUUUGAUGACCAUGAACCAAUCAGAUUUUCAAUAUGACCUGGCCCCAAAGCAACAGCUUUGGCCCAACCUGGCCCAAAAGCAACAGCUCUUUCACAUGGUGCUUCCUGCAAGUCCUCUGAAUUUGAUUCAAAUGAUUUCUAGAUGAGCAGCUGUCUGAGGUCUUUUCUGUUUCCCGGGUCAACCAUAAGCAAUGUGAGGUUUGCUCAAUUUAGCCAAUGCAAAAACCACAAAAGGCUGUGCAUGCAACAUUUCUCUGUUUGUCUCAGAUUUGUCUCUUCUUUUUUGAUAAAAAUGAGAGAAAUUGCCCAUUGCUUUUACAAAACUGUUCCCUGUCCCUAACAGGCAACAUGGCCAUGGGAGCUUAAGAUUGGUGCUUACUUUUUGUUUCAUUUUUUUAAUCCUGAGGUGUCCAAUGUUGAUUGGAGGCCAGUGCUGCUUUGAUUGAAAACCACCCGCCUGCGAGUUGGGCAGGAUGUGAGGUCUGUGCACAAGUAGCUACUUUGGCAUAAAGAAGGUGCUGGAAAUACCCCUCCAGUGCUGGUACCACAUAUGUGUCUGUAUUUAGUGCUGACCCUUUGUUGUGCCCACCUUUAUGGUAGAUCCGGGAGGCUUUCAGGAUUUUUAAUGUCUGCAGCUUUCCCAACACUGAACAUCUUUAGGAACAAAGAGUUUGUGGGGAAAUAGCAGAUCUUCAUAGAAUCAUAGAUUGAUUUGGGUUGGAAGGGGGUUUUGAUGAUCUUAAAGGUCUUUCCUAACUGAAACCAUUCUGUGAUUCUGUGAUCAUUUAUUUCCUGACUGUAUAAACAUUCUUCACCACACUAAGUGGUAUAAAUGGAUGCUGUUUUCACUCCCUGCUCUCACUGUCACUACUGUGGGGUUUUUUUCACUGCUUUCUUUAUAAGCAGCUGCAAAAUUGUCAUCCGUUGUCUAGUGUGUCAUCAGUGGGGCAAAGUUUCUCCUUACUGGUUCCUUCUGUUCUGGGCUCUUCAGAGUGAAUCUUAGUGAGGUAGGAACCCUUACCAGAGAUGGUAAAUUGGUGUUGGUGAUUAUCAUAGAGGCAUAACAGGGGACUCUACUGUGGCAAUAACAUGAACUGAUUAUGGGAGAGUUUGGGACCCACUGCAAUAAACAUCUGGUUUGAUGUACCACUCCAUAUUCUAAGAAAGUGCCUUUUUGCAUAAGUGGAAUGUUUUUGUUGUUGUUGGUUUUGUUUGUUUGUUUGUUUUCUCUGUAGAGUCAAUGUUCCAAGGUUUGAUAAGGUGAGAAUCAAACCAAAGCAGCCUUUGGUCUUUUUCACUUUGUUUUGUGAAAGAAAAAUAAAUACAUUUUUUACCAUUACUUCUCUCUGUAAAGAUGUUCCAUUUUGUUCUGUGAGAUGUUGGUGGUAGGUCUGAGCAAUCUGUUGUUAUUUUGCAGAAAAGUAUUUUAAAGUUGUGUCCUGAAGUGACUCACUAAAAUUAGGAGUUUGGAAUGAACAUGAGACAAGUUGCAAGCAUAAGCACAUGUGGAAAGAAGGGUCUGUGAACCUUGACUACAUGUGGAUUUGAGCAGAGAAAACAGAGAAAAGCACAGUGUGUGGUACAGAUUCCUAAUCCAGCCAGGCAUCACUCUGUCAUUCAUGACCUGCAGUCUAUUUGGAGGAAGGCAUUUUAGACUUAUGCUAAAGGUGUGAAUAUUAUGGAAUAGGAAACUCCAUGAGAAAUUGUGUUGCUUUUUCCCUUAGUGAUGGGGUAAAGCCUCCCUUAGUAGUGAUGGUGUCUGUGCUCUUGUAGACUUGAAAGUGGAAAGCUUGUACUGGAGCCAUUCAGUUUCCCACCUGCCUUUCAGAGCCUGGUCUAAAGACCCUGGCAUUCAGGGGAGCAUUUUGAGAGGCUGUGAAAGGACUGGUGAGGUCUGGUGUGCAGAGCUUUAUUGUGACUCUUCCUGUUAAGAAUCAGGGAAACAUUUUUCCCUUGAGAUGCAAAAUAGUUGUUUGUGCUUUCUUCAUUGCUGCUAUGCAGUCAAGGAUGAUGGGAAGUGGUGCGAAGGCACUAGGUUUUCUUGCCCUGUCUCCUUUGUCCUAGAGAUCAUGAAGGUUAGCUGGUACACAGGUGUACAGUACAUGAAGGGGAAACCAGGGGUGGAACUUGGAACUUGGAGAUGGAAUUGAACAGUGCAACAGAAAUGGAUUAAGGAAGGGUCAAGUACGGUAGUCUGGACCCAGUCUCCUGGAAAGAGACUGAAUGAUGAUUAUUUUCUCUGUGCGGACUGAGAGCUCUCGUGUGCUAGGAGCAGCUCCAGUGAUCUGUGCUGGGGCCAGUACUGUUCAAUGUCUUUAUUAAUGACCCUGAUCAUGAUGGGUUGGAGUGCAACCUCAACAAGUUUGCAGAUUAUGCAAAACAGGGAUUAGUGAUUGAUACAUAAGGUGGUUGAGCUGCCUCUCAGAGUGACCUCAACAAGCUGGAGAAAACAGCCAACAGAAAUCUCAAGAACUUCAACAAAGAGAGAUGCAACUGGUGAGGGAUAACAGUAUGUACCUCUGAACAAGAAGUUGGACAGGAGCCAGGAAUGUACCUUUGUCAGCAAAGAAGGCCAACAGUUUGCUGGGCUGCAUUAUGUAGAACAUUAGCUGCAAGGUCAAGGGAAGCAAUACUUCCCCCAUACUCAGCACAGAUGAGACACAUCUGGAGUGCUGUGUCCAGUUCUGGGCUCCUCAGUUAAAGUGAGACAUGAAAACACUGUAGCCAGUCCAGCAAGGAGCAACUAAGAGAGAAACAGACUCUAGCAUGUGCCAAAGAGAGGCUGAGAGAGGUCUGAUCAAUUCUCUUGGAGAAGAGCAGACUCAGGGAGGGUCUUGUCAACGAGUAUAAAUACCCAGUGAGAGAUGGGUGGGAUAACGAAGACAAUCUAGUGAUGGGAUGAAACACAAUGGGCAAAAAUUGAAAUGCAGGAAAUUACAAUGAAAGAAAUGGUGGUGAAACACUGGAACAGGUUGCCCAGAGAGGUUGUGGAGCCUCUGUCCUCAGACAAGGUCAAAACCCAAGAGGACACGGUCCCAACCAACAUACUCUAGGUGACCCUGCUUUGAGCAUGGGAGUUGGACAAACUAUCUCCAGAAGCGCCUCCCAGCUUCAGCCCUCCUGUGAUUCUGUGACUAGAUGCAACAUGAACUGAGGCCUGGAGGGCUCCAGUGAUGAAAAGUCUGUGAACAGCUUAAGGUGCUUUCCAAAGAGCUUCCCCAGCAUUGGCAUCUUACAAGUCUGCCCGUGGUGCUGCAGUGCUUGGAAGGAUAUGGGGAUGGGUGAGGUAUCAUGACAGCUCAGUGAUUUUGUUCCAUUUCUGAUAUCUGCCUCAGAUGCAACAUGCUUCAAAUAUAGACCAGACCUGAAUUUGGACUCUAUUGUCCUCCAGUAGCCCUUGUUACUGCAGGGAAGGGUAAACUGAUGGGCACCUUUUAGUUGCUCCUCUGUUGCUGUUCUCUCAAUUGUAUCAGGCCUGAAAAGCCUCUCAUGUAGCAUCAACAGCUAUAGGAACCCUUGGCUUUCUGUCUGUAACGUCUUUAAGUGUGUAAAUAAAGGCUAGCCAGUGUUACAGGACAGGGUUUAGAGGAGCUUAAUUCUCUGUGGUAAAGAUUCUUAUGGCUGGUGUCGUAUAUGGGAGUAUAUGAAAAUUGCUUUAAGAAAUGGAAAAUGUGUUAACUGCUUGACUCAGUGUAAAGUUUUUCUUGUUUUCCAAAGUUACUUGAUUUCAAAGGAUUUUUUUUGUGUGUGUGUGUACUGUUUUACAUUCCACAGCAUGAGGCUGAAUUUGCUUGGCCUCUUUGGGAAAAGAAAUAGCCAAAAGCAGUGCUUUUACCAUCGUGGGGACAUGUGACAGGUACUUAGAGCAAUACUCUCCUGUGGAGUCAGUGCUUGGUAGUAGCAGUGUCCUUGUCUAAAUUGCAAGUCUCCAACACCUGUGUAACAAGAUAGCACUGGUAGGCAAAUAGUUGAUAGGCUGACAAUAAUAAGAGGGAAUUUUCUAUUGGUUCAUUUGCUUCCAUCUGCUUCUUUCUUUCCUGCGUUCAGCAACUCGCUGCCCCUGCUACUCCUACACAACAAGCUGUGCAACCGAUUGGUGGCAUUAGAAUGCAACUGGAUAAAACCUCCACUGUCGUUAUGUUGUUUUUUCAUUUACAGAAAAACAGAAUGGAAGGAGAUUUCUUCUCGGGCUGUGAAAGAACCUGAGUAUAACCUCUUUGUGCGGUUGCUGCUUGAUCGCAGUGGGCAGCUGUGCAACUGGUGAUCCUUUUUUUUCAAGAGGGAGAAAUAGAAAAGCAGUUCUUCUGCUUCUGUUCAGCCAAUCUGCACCUCUUGGCUGUGUCGAGAACUGGGGUUAUAAGGGAUGGGAAGUGUAGAAGACACAGGGACAUUGGAAGGCAUGAGAGCAACAUGGAAGGUUUUUCUGAGGACAAGGAGGAGAGCCGAGGGCCUUAUGCUGUUGAUGAAUGUGCCUAAGAACAAAAAAUCCAAACUUGGGUUCUGUAUCCUUGCCUCUGGCAUGGCCAUCUGUGGUCUUUUGAGUACUCCCUAUGACACAGCGGUGUGUGGGCACGAUGGGAAUGACAAGGGAGGUAAAUCAGCACUGUACAGUUGGCCACAACUGGAGAGCAGCCUCACAUGUGGGCUGGCGGGUGCCUGCAGCCUGUCUGGCCAUGGAGCUGCAGAGGAGGAGGACGAGAAGGAAGGCGAUGUGCUGUGGGGGCUGGGGCAGAGGGUGGCACUGGGAGGCAGCUGAGGAGUGUCAGGAUGUGCUGCCUGCCCUCCAGAGUUGCCUUUGGCUGGAGAGGUGCUGAGGCAGGCACCUGCCAUCUUUCUGCAUACAGGAUAGCAGUUCGCCAGUGCCUCCUCCACCUCCUUCUCUGGCUCAGCUUUUGCUAAACCACAGAAAAUGGGGCUGGGCUGGCCCUCCCUCCUGCUGUGGCCAGAGCAACACCAGCCCCACAGACCACGGGUGUGUGUCAGGGCAGUGCCCUGCCAGCGCUGCUGGGCUGCGGGCAUGGCUGAUGUAGUGGCACCACCAUGGCAGAACCUUCUGGGAUGCUCCAUGCACCUGGGAGCUGCAUUCCCCAAUUCUGGGCAGUGCCGGGGGAGCACAGUGGAUUUGGUGUGAGCUGUGCCUUGUUCUCCCUGUUUCUGGGCUGGGCAGGAAUAAACCGUCUCUGUCAAAGGCAUCUUUUGCUCCUGUGGGCCUGUGUCCCUCCCCUUCUGCCUCCCCAGCCCUUGGCUCUGGUGGCGUUGAGCAGAGUAGCUGCAGCUGUGUCAGUAAGAGUCAUGCCAGCAUGUUCUGUGAACAUGGCCAACUCCUGCCCCUUCCUCUCACUGAAAUUUUGGCAGUUCCUUCAGUCAGUGAAUAGAGGGGAUGGUCCCCAUGCUAUGAGGCUAAGCAGCCCUGGGCCAGAGAUCUCUGAUCUCUCAGCAGUCUCUGACUGCUAUCUACGCUAUAGGGAAACGUAUCUUAACAGCAGUUUCAGCUCCUGUGGUUCAGCUGUGGGAAAUGCCAAUUGAUUUAUGGCUUCACAUUUGUUUUUGUCUUUUCUGUCAUGUUUUAAUCACAUUUGAUCGUGUUUUCAGCAUGUUCCAUUUUUCUUGGAAGAACUUUACCCUGAAGCAAAGAUAGGAUCUGUGUAAGCUGUGCCAGCAUCAGUGCUGUGAGAGAAAUGCAGCCUCUCUGUCUUGCAUUGAUCCAUAUCUUCAUAAUGUUUUUGCAGGAGAUGAAGAAAAAAGCUAGUUCACACCGGAAUAUGUUCCAAUUCUUGUAGCCAUAAGAGAUUGUUCCCUGCAGACUUUUUCUUCAGUGUAUUCGUACCUGCUAUGUCAUGGGCAUAUCAGUUUUCACCUUCCAAUACAUAUAUAGAGUAUGAUCUAAACUGCAGGCAGGCUCAAAGCUUUAGGUCAGCAGAGUUUGGGCAGCAGACCCUUUAUAGACAAGAUGAUCAGUGGAGUGACUGUUGGCACGUUGCUUUAUGCCCACUUCAUUGUGGGAUCCGAAGGAUCUUACAGCAGUGCUGGAGCAAGUCGCGCUCUGUGCUUCACUCUCUGAUGUGAUGCUUCCAUCCCUCCCUUCCCACAUGAGCUAGGUCAGCAACAUCCCACUCAGUCCACUCUCUGGCUGUUUCUGACAACUGGGAAUAGCUGCUCCCUGUAGACAUGGCAUGGUGCAGAAAGAACCUGCUAUUACCAGAGCUGAGCAAGUAGGGUGAGCCACUCUGAAGUUGAGGACGAGGGCACCAGCUAAGCCUGCAUAAACUACAUGGCUGCUUUUGACUGGGGUGGUGAGGAGCAGAGCUGGCUAUGUACUGGAGCUGACAUCUGACAGCUGACAUGAAAGUCUGGUCCCAUACUGGACAGAGGGAGUUCUGGGUUAGCUCUUGUGUCAUUUUGCAGGUGGGGCUGUAUGGGAGAAAGCAUGUAUGGAUUUGAGCUUGAUGAGAGGAGACUGUGCCCCUGAAUUACCACGAGCAUAGAAGAUUCCUUUGUCAUGCAUGUGCCAACGCAGGUGGCCGAUGCCUUGGCAUGCCUACAAUAUCAGUGACAAACACAGAGCAAGCAGCCAUUGUUGUGAAGUUUGCUAACAAGCUUAAAAGACCUUGGAAUCAUUAGCAGUGCUCGUGGGAAUGUGGGGGCUUGUAGCAAAGAGAAAUAAGAAGAUAAGGGAUACAUCUCUACCAUUAGUCAUUGCUUUUUAUCUCUGUAGUCAUGGAAACUUCAGUAGUAGAAUUUUAUUGGGGUAGCUGUUAACGGGGCAGACAAGGAUAUAUAAGCUAUGCUUUCACUCAAUAAACUUGAUUUCAUUUGUACCAUAUUUGGAGUCCGUGUCCCCACUGCUACAGGGCUGCUAUGACUUCAGCUGGGCCACCACUCAAGUGAGGGCUGAGUAUGGUUUGUAGGAAAUUUUAAAGCUCAGGUGAAAGCCAAUGCUUACAACUAGGCAUUAGAUUUGAACAGCAAAUCUAUAGCUUUGGUCCAUUUUCACUAACCCCAACCAAUCCCAUUAGUAUAAAAAGUAGCAAGGGACAGAAUGCUUCAGAAGGAGUCCGAAACUGAGCACUGACUUGCCUCCUUAACCUUGUCACCUUGUGAGGCUGCUGCUAACAGCCAGGCUGCCAGCUAGUUCCAGCUUGUUUCUUCUUCUCAUGAACUCCUGCUGCAGGCUUGUGCUAUGCCAGCACUGCAGUAGACCUAUACAAGUGGGUAUUUUCACUUUUCUUUAUUUCAGGAGAAAAUUUAGUUCUAAAAACGUGUUAGUAAAAUUGGAUGUUGCAGGGUUCACUCUGGGAAGGUGAAGUUGUGAUUAAGUACGAAAGAUCCAAUUAAGAGACAACUGCCUUCAAGCGUCCUCUUGUUCUGCAGUAUCUUAUGGAUUGGUCUAAUAAACCCAUUGCACUUAGAAUAUUUACUCUCAUCUUGCCUCAAAUAUUCACGUGUCAUUCUUCUCUAGGGUCAGAAGGAGGAGCUGCAAAGCUGCUGCUAAAAUGCUAAAUAUUAAUUUUCCUUAAAUACUAAUGGUGGAUUUGUCCACAUUUGGCAUCACUCUGCUCUUCCUUCCUAACAGACUGAAUAGGUACCCUCUGAAUGCUGGUAUUGUCAAAUAUUACCUCUUCUACUCUUGCUGGUAAUGUAAAUCUGGAGAAAAUGAAGAUUGUUAGCUCUUUUGUGUGUGUCCCAAAAAUACUCCAACUGUGUUGCUUUUGAUCUGUGAUAUUGUUCAAGACCCUGAGUAGCUACACAAACACGCGCACACCCACACCCCCCACUCACCCACUCCCCUCCCUCCCGCAGUGUUUUUCUGCUUAUAUGUUCACAGACUUAACUUGAAGGGACAUCAAUAAACUCAACAGUACUUGACUCAUUCUCAGAAAGACAAUUGGAACUGGUGCAAUCACUUCUUCCAAGGCUAAUCAGAGCUAUGUUGCUGUGUUUUGACUUGACGUACCAUAAAUGUUUAAUAGUUUAAUGGCAUAAGGUAAUUGAAGUUGCACUAAAAUUAUGCAACAAAAGACAAACCAAGAUAAGAUAAAGAAAGGAAGAUAUAUAAUGGUAUACUUCAAUUUAGCUUGUUAAGCUAUAAUUGGAUGCUCACGACAUCUUCUGGCCAAUCUCAGCUGUACCAGAUUCUCCAGCCCUGUCCCAGGCUCAAUGCAUUGAGCUCUGGGUCCUAUACUAAGAACUGCAACUCUUUUUUUGCUUAGUUAUUUGGCCAUGGGAGGGACUGUCUAAAGCAUGUUGCUCAGUUUAAGAUACAAAACCAUCUCCAACCAGUCUCUCUUGUAAAUCUGCACUUACGCAUGUUGAAUGUCUUGUCAGUGUCUAUAAAUACCUAAUUGAAGAUGGGUGGAAUAAAGAAGACAAGCCAGACUCUUCUCUGUGCAAUACAGUGAUAGGAUGAGACACAAUGGGCACAAAUUGAAAUGCAGGAAAUUGCAAUGGAUGAAAUGGUGGUGAAACACUGGAACAGAUUGCCCAGAGAUAUUAUUGGGUCUCUGUUCUCAGACAAGGUCAAAACUCAAGAGGACAUGGUCCUGAGCAACGUACUCUAGGUGAUUCUGCCUUGAGCAGGGGAGUUGUACAAACUGUCUCCAGAGGUGCCUUCCAGCUUCAGCCCUCCUGUGAUUCUGUGACUAGAUGCAACAUGAACUGAGGCCUGGAGGGCUCCAGUGAUGAAAAGUCUGUGAACAGCUUAAGGUGCUUUCCAAAGAGCUUCCCCAGCAUUGGCAUCUUACAAGUCUGCCCGUGGUGCUGCAGUGCUUGGAAGGAUAUGGGGAUUGGUGAGGAAUCUGGGAAGCUACAGAGCAAUAGGCCUGGUAUUUGUUGCAGGCAAGUGAGUAGAAGCUGCACUAAACCCUAAACUUGGUGUCUAUAUGGAUAAAGGUGGUGUUUUAUGAAUGUGUCAGUGUCUUCUGUGAGGGAAGGUCAGCAUCCAUUGAGGGACAAGGGGGAACUCUAUCAUAAAAUGAGGGACACCUGAAUUUGACAAAGCCAUUCAAUGGAGUAUCCAGCAUAAGAGGGAGUAUUGCAAAAUGGAUGAGUAAAUUAUUUGGUUAGAAGAGUGUGUGUGCAAAGAAGCAUUCAGUAGCAAAGUCUUGGGGUGGGAGGAGGCAGUUCUAUGAAAAUCUCAGCUCCAUUCUUAUGGCAGCCACUCACGCAGCAGGAGCACUAGGAAUUCUUAGCAAAGGAGUAGAAAUCAGAACUGCAGUUGGUUUCCUGCCGCAGUGUGAAGCUUAAAGUGUAGCGAUAAUGGGGUUUCAAUUUUUUUCUUUUGUUUGUGUUUUUUUUCAUCCUGAUUACUUUCUAAUUAGAUGGGUUUUUUUCACAGCAGAGCCCCAUAACCCAUCAGCUGCAUGACCCUUGUUUCAGCCAGUGUAUUAGCUGAACAUAUGACAUCACAUCCUCCCUGAUUUGCAUGUUAUCUCCAUGUGUCUAGACUCCAUGUUUCACCAUUUA